CAGUCAGUGAAAUGUUAUGAAAUACAAUUGAUGGCAAGGUUUUAAAGACACUACUUAGAGACGUGUUUUGAGUUUGGACGUGCAGAAACUGGAUGCGAAGGGAGUAACUAAAAGGACUACAACUAAAAGAGACUGAAUGUUUUCAUGCUUGUGGAGCCAGGUGGUACGUGUGGUUAGCUUUGAAGUGCCAUGAUACACGGAAGAGAUGAAUAUUUAAUAUAAACUCUCCAAAGACGUUUGCCGCUAUGCCACAAGAAGAAAGUCUGAAGUAGAACUUGAAGAUGUAUUGGCAUCGCCUAUUAAUACUUCUGCUCCUUGUCAUCAUUGGUGUGUCAGCCACAAAUGCUGCGGAUCGAGGGAUUGAAGAGCAUGAAGAAGGGGGUGAAGGUUGCCAUGGCGCCCUGGGUAACAAUUCUCGCUUCAUGGUGGCUAGUAUUGAAUGGGAUGAGGUUCAAACGUCGUAUGGAAUCUGUAUCUGGAUUAUGAUAGCAACUCUAGCAAAACUUGGUUUCCAUUACACCCGCCUCCCAGAGCUUCUCCCAGAGAGUUGUCUACUCAUCAUUAUUGGUUUUGCUAUUGGAGCAAUCAUCAAUGUAAACUUGAAGUGAAUUAUGACUAUUUGGUAAUUUCUUGUUUCAAUUCUUUGCAGGUUUCCAUUACACCCGCCUCCCAGAGCUUCUCCCAGAGAGUUG